UAGAGCAGCGUGAUAGAAAAGCUUGUCCUACAACUGCAACUUUAAACUUGGCAAGGAGCAAUAUUUCCCUGUUCUCUUAAUGUUACUGGUAACGCGAACCAUUCCCAUCUUUACUGAUGGAUUGUUUUUUCUAGACGGCGUCAGAUGGCGUUAGGGAUAUGACAGAUUCUUACCACCAAGAUUUGAGCAAUGGUCUCGAGAAUGUCCCCGUUAUAAUUGACUGCAGUGUUGUUGGUAAAGUUGAAUUGCCCAACUUCCAGUACACACCUGACAAUGUCCCAGGGCCUGGCUGCAGCAGUGACCCAACUGAGAUCACCCUUCCUGGGUGCCAGUGCCACACACACUCCUGCCAGAGCGACAAGUGCCAGUGUUUGCAGCGGUACGGUCCAGCAUACAGCGACCAGCAGAGGCUACUGGGCCGCAGGGAUGCGGAGAGCGGCUACUCCAGGCCCGUGUUCGAGUGCAACGCCCUGUGCGACUGCAGCGAAGACUGCUCCAACCGCGUGGUGCAGAGAGGAGUGGUUUUCAGGCUGCGCGUGUUCCUCUCAGAGGACCGUGGGUGGGGUGUGCGCACUAUGGAAGCCAUACCACGCGGCGCCUUUGUGUGCGAGUAUGCUGGCGAGGUGAUUGGCUUGGAAGAAGCUCAGGCCAGGCAGCUCGCUCAGGGACCAGGGGACAUGAAUUACAUCAUUGCCGUGCGGGAGCACGCCGGCCAGGGCGAUGCCCGGGAGACGUUCGUGGACCCCUUCGCCAGGGGCAACGUGGGACGCUUCAUCAACCACUCGUGCCAGCCCAACCUCUUCAUGGUACCCGUGCGCGUGCAUUCUAUGGUGCCCCGAUUGGCACUGUUUGCUGUGCGGGACAUUGUCCCCGAUGAGGAGUUGACGUUUGAUUACUCUGGCAGGUACAACAACCAGGCUUCAGAGACCGCAAAUUCUGACCAGAGCCGUCUGUCAGAGCAGAGCAACCAAGGAGAAAGUGUCAGUUCCCUACAGAGGAAACCCUGUUACUGUGGAGCAGUGAACUGCACAGGAUACCUACCACUGGACAUCACAGUUCUCCACAGUUAGAGGAGAACUUCACUGAGCUACACUAUUCUCCACAGGAGGAUCUUCAUUGUAGUCCACUCAAGCACACUUCUCAUUUGGUUUUCAAACCAUGGCCCCAACUGUGCCAGUUAUGAGUUGAGAAGAACCUGUUCAGAAACUUGGACUGUAGUUAAUGAAAUAAAGAAAUGCUCAGAUGUUUUAGCAUCUCGCAGAUUGUCCUGCAGGACUGGAGCUUCUGCAGUGCGAACGAUAUACUUUUUUCAUACCACCAUCAUGCGAUACAAUUGAAUUCAGUAUGCCAUGCGUGCUGCCACAGGCUAUUGAUGCCAACCUCCCUAGCUGAGGGUUGCUUCCCUACUUCCCUUAUUGGCCAGUGUCAUCAUGUUCCUCCCAAGAGAGUGUUGAGGAGAGAUCUGAUUCAGAGAUGCUUAAACAUACCAUAUCUGCUGUGGUUUUGUUCUUGAAAAGAGGAUGGCUAUUCAUCAGGUUUUUACCAAGGUUACUUUUUUUAUGUGCAUAUUUAUGAAUAUGCAUUAUGCAUGGGAGGUUCAAGGCUUUGCUGCAAAUUGGUUGAUCUCUUCUUGCCUGUCAGUUGUCAGUUUGAGAUGCGCACUGGCCCUUUAAGAUCAUCAUAGGAUUUGCACAGGGCCCAUGUCUCAGGAGAGGCAUGCAAUUAAAAAGAGCCUGUGGGUCCUUCUAUAUAGGAACAGAUCUCACUCCGCGGCCUCACAGAGGGGCGGACGCGACCCACUUCACCGUGCGGCACUCUCAGAUCGGGCCCCUCUCCUCAAAAAAGUGCCCCACAUUCAGUCUAGACCUGCUUUCAUCUUUCUCAUGUUAUUAAUACCCACAUUUGGGUUAAUUAGUUCGGAGACCAUGUUCCGGGCAGAAUUGGGAGCGGAGUGUCAGUCACGUUGACGAGAGGCAAGCGGAGCAGAGCGGCGCGGAGCGGAGUGGAGCGGAUUCUCAUCCAUCUCACACCAGAGCAGAUGGGCUGCCUAUAUGUGAACUCUGUGAAAUUCUUCGAUGCUAAGACUGGCACCACAAGUUUUGUCAGAGUGUAAAUGAGAUGUAUGCUCUUCAGCCCCAAGCAAUGUCAUGUCAUCAUGACACGGAAAAGCCAGCAUGUCCCAAGAAUGUCGGAGUAUGAAGUUACGGAACAAAAGAAAAGAUACACAUUUGUAAAGAUUAAAAAAGCAUGCGUUUUAUAUGCUCCAAAGGAACAAGUCAUCUCUCCUGUGGAUGCUUUGAUAAAGAACCAAGUGUGAUGCCAUGCUAAUUCUAAUCUUUUUUGGCAGUGCUUGCUAUAAUAUAUUUUUUUCCGCAUAUGCAAAUUCCUCCAGGUGGAAUGGCCUCUGUCUAUGUGAGUAGCGUAUGCUAAAGGUUCUCAGCGCCAGUGCAAGUCUCUUCUUUGACCUCCCAGCCAGCGGCUCAAGUGCUCAUCUUUUCAAUGUGUCCUCCUGUAGCGCACCGAGAAUGCUGGGACUGCCAUGGAGGUCGAAUGCUGUUUUUGUCUUAUGACUCAUGUAAUUUGUACGCUCUCUCACAAGUCUCUAUGGCAACAGAAUAAGUGAUAUUGACUGUGUACCAGUCACAGUGUGCUGAAAGAGAGAUGCGUUUUACUUUGAGUGUUACAGAUCAGAAUUUGAAAUGUGGCACACAUAAAGCAGUCACCUAGCAACCUGCCACCUGCCAAAGACUCUUUUCUCAUGCCUUGCUGAAAUUAGGCAUUGCUGCAGGUCACUCUGUAGUGACUAACCAGGUUUAAUGGGAGUGGAAUUAAUUUGGAAUUCAUUUGACCAGCUUAUCUCACUAUCAUAAUAAAACUUAAUGUGUGCCAUAUCUUAGAAUGUCAUAGCGAGUGAAUUAUGGAAUAGUAAAUCCCAGGGGUGAAUUUAAAGGUGAUUAUGUAAUCUAAAGUAAAUGAUCGAGUAGUUAUGAGACGGGCAACUGUGGUUCACUUGGUGGCAUCAUCAGAUAGUUAUGGUGUCUUGGUAUAAAAGUAGGGCAGUAUUUUAUUUAAUCAGUGCCCUACAAGCCUCUACGUGUGUGUGUGUGUGUGUGUGUGUGUGCUACAGACCGUGGAGGAUGUUAUCAGAUCAGUGGAAUUUAAAGGAAUAUUGUGCUCUAUUUUUCAAGAGAUUGAAAAAUCUCUCUAUCAAGAGAUUUCUCUCACCAUAGAUGAAGGAGAAAAGAACAAAAGAAUGUCACUGUGGCCUUGAUCGACAUGUGUGUUUCAAUGGUGAAUGGUCCAUUGGAUAAUAAGGACCCCCAUUUAGGAAAAUGAAGAUUUAAAGACAGCAUAUUUUUUAUUGACGCUGCCAGUACAAACUGUUGCAGGUACA